AAUUGUUGUUAGUCUAUAAGAAUGCAGUAUUGACGUUAAUGAUAAUUAACUGCUUACAUCCUGCAGAAAAUGAAUUCUAAUUAUUCAUCACUACCAUUACCAACUUGUCAAUGAACAAGAUCCUGUGCCCAUAAAUUGUUUUUCUAUUGCAUGGCAUUAUAUUAUCACACCAACUGAUCAUUGCUAAAAUGAUCCAGCCAUUAAGCUCUAGAUUGUUAUCUCUAAAUAGACUGACAGUCCAUAAUCUAAGCAAUUCUUUAUUGAUAAACUUUUAUUCAGAAAAUUCCCAAAAAUUGUCUGCUCUGAAAACCUUUCAACCCUCCUUUGGAGUCCAUCAGAAAGCAGAUGCUUCUAGUGGUAGUAAUGAGAAAAGUAAUGCAAGUAUUAAUGGCUUAGUGCUGUCCCUUGCACAGAAAAGAGAUGUUCUUGCAGAACUCAAUCAUGCUUCUGUUGAAACACUUCAGGAGUAUGGCCUCAAACUCUCAGCAGCAACGGCACUCUGUGACUGUCGACCUCUCACUUGCAUCACUCAACUGGAAAGCGUCCCUGGCAUUGGAAAGAAAUUAUUCCGUCAUGUAUGUCAGAAUAUCUGCCUUGUUUCAAGUCUCAAUGAACAGCCACUGAGACCCCUGAUCCCAAAGAAUUUUCAAUUGCCCAAAAACUUGGUGGCAGUGACAGUUAUGCGUGGGUGCAUUUGUUACUGCCAUCUUUUUGUGGAGCAUGCAGCACCCCAGGCAUUGGCAAGUACGAGUUCUCUUCAAGUGGAGCUGCUUGAUGCUGGCCUUGUCCCGAUUGAGACCAGCGACAGCAAGCUCCACCCAUACAAGCUAUAUGUGAAGGUUGAGGAAGCUAUGAAAAAUGUGCCAGAAGCUGACAUAUACGUGAUGCCUAAUUUGCAGUAUGGUAUGUAUACACGCAAGCUCUCUGCCACAGACACCAACAUUAAGUGUCAGCUGGCUCAGGUGACGGGGAUGCUGCAGGCGAUGCUCAUCACAAAACGCACCUCGCACUCGCCUGUUCUCUACCAUGUGCGAGAGAGCUUCAUCAAUGGCCUAUUCAACCUCAAGGUGGGAAGUGCAGUAAUGUCCAACUUGCCUCUUCUGCGUCACUUGCUUGCCGGCACAAGCCUACACAGCAUUGUGAAGAAUGCGUCAGGUCCCGUGGACCAUGUGCCGCGAGUGGCUAUCAGUAGUGUGGCGUAUGAGCGAUGCCUUGAGCUCAGUAAUGAUGACCAGCGCACCCUGGCGCCUGCUCUCUACUGCAGCCUUGCCUUCUGUGCCAUCCUUUCCAGUGCAUCUGACCCUGCGUCACAACAAAGAUGACAACCACGACUGCAAUGUGCAUGUCUUUUUUUUUUAUACGUUGUAAAUUGACUAUUACAACUUGGUCAAGUUCCUACAUUUAGAGACAGCAUCAGUGCCUCUGUAACCUUGAUUUGCAUUUGAACGGUUUUCAGGUCACCCUUUAGAUUAGGUUUUUCUUGAUGCAUAUCUCAGAUUUGAACCUGCUAUAGUGCUCUCAUUGAUUUUUCGGAUAACAUCUCAUAAAAAAAUUCCACUGUGUAUUAAUCAUGAAGUGCUGUAAGGCUCCUUAAAAUGCAAGCCCAAAUAAAGAUUUUUCCUAAUGAGGCUUGUCAAGUGAAUACGAAGGAGUAUCUAUCUGCUUAUUCUUCUUAUUCUCCCUUCUGGAUUGCUGGUAAGUUUGUGUUGUCUUUAAUAUUGUUGAAACUUGAAAUAUUAGUCCAAUUUUAUUUUGCUGUGGAGGAUCAGUAUUCUAUCUCCUAAUGUAAAGGCUGUCUCUGCAAGUUAAGCUGAUGGUGCUAUCAUUAAUUAUUUUCUACGGUUCAUAAAUGUUGCGUCGAGAUACUAGCUUUCUCAAGCAAUUUUCUGCAGUUUGUCUUUAUUGUGAACCUGUGGAAGUCAAGUAAUGAACGUUAUGUGUCUGCCCACCUGAACCUCUAUAGGCGAAAAAGAUAGAAAUAAUCCCCAUCGCUAGGAGUCGUGCUGUGCGUGAUGACUUUCAUUCAAACAACUAAGUAUCUCCGGAGACGUGAGACAUCAGUAUCUGGCAUUAUUGUCAGAAUUUUUGAACUCAAACUCGCGUAUUUAAUCCAUUAGUUCUAUCUAUUUAAGGGUUUGAUCUCUUGGUCCCUGCCUUUUUCAUCGGAGGACUGCAGUAUCACACCUCUGGCAAGGGUUUCGCUUGAAGGCAACCAUGAAGUAUUUCGUAAGCCACUUCUCCCCAGUGUCGCCUGCUGAAACAUGGUUUUCUCAUAGAUAUUCAAAUAAAAAUAAGCCUGUUUCCGUGGUAACUGUGCAACAUGCGUCCAAGCCCGACGUGUAGCUUCAUUAUUUCCCAUAGCUGGUAACUUUUUUAUCCUAAACAAUUACGAAAGACGAUGACGAGUUUUUACUGAGACAUAUUUUAGGACAGAAGCAAAGUUGUCUGACUAAUGUGUACCGUUGAUGUCAUUCUGAGCCCGGUCAGCCAUAUUCGUUUGAAAUGUUUGCUGACCAUAGAGUUGUAACCUCAAUUCUAAUCGUUUUGCCAACGAUAAUAAAUGAUCCGACCAGUU